UUUCCAGGAAAUUUCGUACUGAAAGAUAUAUAAAUAAGAUGAUAAACUCCCUCGCUCCAAUGAAAACCUUACAAAUUUUCAACACACCAAAUCUUUUGUUACUUAUUUCUCACCGAAACUUGUCUACUUAACAAGCCUCCCAAAUCUCACAAUUUCAUUCACAAGUCGGAUCUGUAAUAUCGUACAAACACACACAAAAAAGUGAUCAUGGAUAAUAACAAUAAUCAACAAACGUUUUGGCAGUUCAGCGAUCAAUUGAGAGUCCAGACGCCGCACAAUCUUUCCUUAAACGACUCCAUCUGGAGCACAUACAAACGCACCGACGACCGUCGAAACUUCGACAUCCCCGCCGACAAAAACCCCAUCCAGUAUCUCAAUCAUAACAACAACAAGGCUACUUCCGACAACAACAACAACGCUGCUAGCUGGAACACCUGGAAGUCAAGCUCAAACGGUUUCGGACCCAUCGGCUCAAAGUCGACAUCCAACAACGUCAACUUCAACCACGCCGACAAAUUCAGCAACCCCUGGAAAUUCAACUCCGACGUCAACGGCGAUUUCAACAAGGGCAUCUAUUCCUCCUCUCCCAAGAGCUAUGGCUUAAAUUUCAAGAACAAGGGGAUCAUCGAUGACGAUCAUCAUAUCCCCCAGAAAGGAGGAGGGAAAAAGAACAGGAAGAAUCACAAUCAUCAGAAGAAUAAUAAUAACAAGGAAGAUGAUCACAAGAACAACAACAACGACAAGAGGUUUAAAACUCUUCCUCCAGCGGAGGCACUUCCCAGGAACGAGACCAUCGGUGGUUACAUCUUCGUCUGCAACAACGACACCAUGGAGGAGAAUCUCAAGCGCCAGCUUUUCGGUUUGCCUCCCAGAUACAGGGACUCCGUCAGAGCCAUCACGCCCGGUCUUCCUCUCUUCCUCUACAACUACUCCACUCACCAGCUUCACGGUAUUUACCAGGCCGCUAGCUUUGGGGGAACCAACAUUGAGCUCAGCGCCUUUGAAGACAAGAAAUGCCCUGGCGAGUCUCGGUUCCCUGCUCAGGUGAGGGCCAUCACGAGGAAAGUGUGUUUGCCACUCGAAGAAGAUUCCUUCCGUCCCAUUCUCCACCACUACGACGGCCCUAAGUUCCGCCUCGAACUCACCGUCCCUGAGGUUCUUUCUCUAUUGGACAUUUUUGCUGAGCAAAACCCUUGAAUUCGUUGGGUUUGGAUUU